UGCCGCCCAACAUCUUGGACGAGGAAACCAGCGCCGACGUGGAGGUGAACGAAGACUCGCCGGUUCAGCUGAGAUGCGCGGCCGAUGGGUACCCGGCGCCCGAGAUCAUCUUCAAGAGAGAGGACAGCAAACACAUACCCAUUGGCAACGGCAACGUCAAGGCGUCCAGCGAAACGGAGAGUGUGGAGGAAGUGAAAAGGACGACCGGGAUCCUGUCGUUCAAGGCGGUCAAGCGGACGGACAUGGGACACUACCUGUGCAUCGCCUCCAACACGGUGCCGCCCUCCGUCAGCAAGCGGGUCGUCCUCAACGUUAGAUAUCGAGAGCCGGAGGUGGAGGUGAACCUGCAGAUGAUCGGCGUGUACCGAGGCGACGACGUGGCCAUCAACUGCACCGUGACGGCCUACCCGCGCCCCGUCGUGCUGUGGCAGGACAGCUUCGGGAAGAUGAUCAUCUCAGGCGGUCGCUACGAAGUGGUCGAGAAGCUGCUUCGGGAGAGUCCCCCGGUCAUCCAGACGUCGCUGAUUAUCAAGAGCCUGCAGCCUGAGGACAUCACCAGCUACCGGUGCAACGCCUCCAUUGAUAACGAUAAGAUGAAAGAGAAGAGCGUCACGGUGCAGCUCAAUGAGAUCAUGAGGCCGUCUACAGAAUCCUCGUUCAAUCAAGACAUCCAUUAUAAAGCUCCCCGUCAGCGGAUGAAUCCCAAGAAGUCUCUCGCCAAACACAGCCGAGUUAAUGACAUUGCGGAGCGCUAUGAGAAACCCACCAGCUUCGUCCCGGGUAAUAACCAAGGCACGUACCACCAUCCGAGCAUCGGGCACGUGAACUCCGACGACCCCGCCAACACCUCGGGCAUCGGGCAGUCGCGAUGCUGCAGCUCCAGAUUAAUCUUCGUCCUGGUCGGCUGGGUGAUGCUCUGCCAAGUCCUAAGGGGACGUGCAUGAUUUUUAACGUGAUGAUGAUAAUUAUGUAAAAUAAAACUUUAUUUUUACUGGUGAUAACUUUAGCGAACUUGUUGCUAUUUCUAAGAAAAUGAAAAACGAGUACUGUAUACACGUUGUCAUAGAUACAGCUCAGCACAAGGCAGUGCCAUGGACACGUAUUGAUGACAAGCUACUAUCGGAUAAAGCAAAGUGAAAGGGAAGGAAAGAUAUAGAGAAAAUUAAAGCGGAGUGUAAGUAACAGUGAUGACGGGGAGAGGAAUAUAGUUGCCAUGAAAAACGAACGAAUAAUGACAAUAAAAAAGUGAAAAAAGAAAAGAACAUUCCGAUGUCCAGGCGUCUUAACAAUAAUAAGUAGACUGAUGAUUUGCAAAUAAAAAGUCCAUUUAUUGAUAUAAGUGUGAACAAAAUUAUAUUGUCAUGUAUAUUGUCUUUCUGGUCAUAUUCCCGGGAAGGUACUGUGUGGGAAGAAGCUAUUCCAAAGUCUGACAAGAAAGUACACUAUCUUCUCCAAAAAAUACAGUAUGAUUUUAUGUCUUCAAAGGAUAAUAAGUUUUACAAUUAUAAUGGUGAUCCUAUAGACAGAUGAUGAGAAGAUAUAGGAGAAGGGAAGACGGAAGGGGACUUCAAAAAUUAAAGAAAGAGAGAAUGAGAGAGAGAGAGAGAGAGAGAGAGAGAGAAAGAGAGAGAGGGGAAGAGAGAGAGAGAUAGAGAGAGAGAGAGAGCAUGUGUGUGUGAGUAAAUGGGGAAAUGAGAAGGAGGGGGUAGCACGAAGUAGAAGAAGAGAACCAAAUUCCCAAAAUUUUUCCAUUGCGUCAGAAAGAAGCGAUCAACGAUUUUUAGAGUUGCAUACUUCUCUCCACCUUCGCUCUGAUCAACAUGAUAUUGCAACAACCAGAAAAUAAUCAAUAGGUCUUGUCUCAGUCCUCAACACAAACAAACUUCUUGUCACAAACAGAGUCCGUACAAGUAUUACCACUUUUAAUGCCUUCUUCAUUCUAGAGACAACUCCUCGCUCCCAUCUCAUAUUCAUCUCUCGUUCAACCUCUCAUCACCCUCUCCUCUGUUCAUCUUCUCCGUCCUCCUCUACUUCCUCCUCCUGUUCCUCC